CAUUUCCGCCGCAAUAAAAAAAACAGUUCUACCUUAUGAAAAUAUGUGAUAUUCUUAUUGCGUGAAAGACUACAAUUUAGAUCUAGUUGAUCAUUCGCAAAAGGUCGUGGCACACCUACAAUUCAAGUACCAUAUUCUCUGUUAUCCAUUUUGAAGCAUGUCAUCACACAAUAAUUCGGAGAGGAGAAAUAAUGCAGAAGAGGUUUCACCAAUAGCACCUACUGGUUUACUCAGAGCAAUUGUGUUUCUCAUCUUGAAAUUUUCCUCCCAAGUGUCAAUCCCUUCAAGGGACUACCUAAUAUCGAUGUUCUCAGUGUUUGGCCCUUUAGAUUCUUCUGAAACACAUGUUUCGGAAGAGUUUAGAUACGCGAUGAUCGCCUUUGUGUGUAGUGAUGACGCGGUAGAAGCAGUUAAAAGCUUGAAGAAAGCUAACCCAUUUGGUCAGACCUUAGUGAGAUUUGGGUUACAGCCGAAAGUGAUUAGCACUCUAGGGAACAUACCCCUAGUAAUCUCAAAAUUUUAUCCAACGAAUGUGGAUUCGAUGAAGCAGAAUUUGUUGAGGAUGACUGAAAUGCUGGACAAGUCCAGGGAUCGAAUAUCAAGGGAGACGAGGGAGAAACUAAAAAGCGAGAUCGCGGUUCUUCUUGAAAAGGUUAUUUCUAUGCCUAGCUCUUCUUCUUCUUCUUGAACAUCGUAAGAUACAUCAGUGGAAUCUUCUCAAGAAUUUCUAAUAUAUUAUUUGGUUGUAGCUUUUUGGAUCAUGUUCUAUAAACUCCGUUCUUGUGUUUUUCCAUCUUUAUUUUUGGAUGAUAUUGGCAAUGUUAUAAAAAAAUAAAAG